AGUGCUCGGUGUGCAGCUGGUCUUGUAGAACCUCUCUUCUCACUUUUGUCUUCUUGAGUGACACUUCUACUUCCAGCAAUCUGCUACUGAGGUCUUAGGAUCCAAAAGUCUCACUGUCAUUGCUCAGGAAAAUAACACAUUAAAAAAAGAAAGAAUGAUGGAUCUACUCCAUUAUCUCUUUCUUGUCUUCCUGCUAGGUCGAUAUGUGAAUGUUCUUGGGAUUAUGAAACGUUGGGUAAUGGGGAUUGAGUGACUUGCCCAGGGUCACACAGCUGGUUUCAAGGAUAAAGACUGAUUCCAAGUCAAAUCCUCCAAUAGAACAAAAGUAGGAUCAAUCAAAUUCUCUUCUUAAUCUUAUAAUAUGAUGUAGCCUUUCUGUCUGUCUGUGUGCCUGUCUGAUAUUCCAGACCCAUUCCAGGCCCACCAAUUCAACUAACUGCGUAGCAAUGCUGGGUAAGGGCUACUACCUGAGUGAACACCUGAGCAUUAAUUGCGACCAUGGCACCUUGGCCUGAAUUGGGAAACUCCCACUCUGAUCCUAAUAAGUACAUUGAAGAGGCUCCCACCCACCAAUCUAUGUCUGAAAAAGAUAAAGAAACCCCCAGCAACAAUGCCCAUUCUCCUGUAAGCAAGAUAGAACUCCUGCCAUCUUAUUCUACUAUUGCAUUAAUCGAAGAGCCAGCAGUAGAGCAAGACCCAUGGGACAUGCCAACCUUGAAGGACUCUGGGGUCAAGUGGUCAGAGAGAGACACCACAGGGAAAGUAAUUGCUGUCUUACAAGGAUUUGGAAAAGUGCUUCUCCUCCUGGGCUUUCUCUACUUAUUUGUCUGCUCCUUGGACAUUCUCAGCAGUGCCUUCCAGCUGGUUGGAGGGAAAAUGGCGGGAGAGAUUUUCCGUGAUGGUUCAGUGUUGAACAAUCCUCUGGCCGGCUUGGUGAUUGGUGUACUGGUGACCGUCAUGGUUCAGAGUUCCAGCACAUCCUCAUCGAUCAUUGUCAGCAUGGUGUCCUCUUCAUUGCUGACAGUAAAGGCAGCAAUUCCCAUUAUCAUGGGAGCCAAUAUUGGGACUUCAGUCACCAAUACUAUCGUGGCCCUCAUGCAGGCUGGAGACAGGGAUGAAUUUCGAAGAGCUUUUGCAGGAGCAACUGUCCAUGAUUUUUUUAACUGGUUGUCAGUGCUGGUGCUGCUGCCUGUGGAGGUGAUAACAGGCUACCUCUACCACCUCACCAAUGUCAUAGUGAAAUCCUUUAACAUCAAGAGUGGAGAAGAUGCCCCUGAACUCCUGAAAGUGAUCACAGAUCCCUUCACAAAACUCAUCAUCCAGCUGGAUAAAAAAGUCAUAGAUGAAAUUGCUACAGGAAAUGAAGCAGCAAAAAACAAAAGCCUGAUAAAGAUUUGGUGUAAAACUUUUAAAAAUGUGACUUUAAGCAACAUUACCAUUCCCUCACCAGAAAAUUGUACUUCUCCCAGUCUGUGCUGGACUGAUGGGAACAUGACCUGGACCUCCAUGAAUACAACAUAUGAAGAGAACUUUGAAAAGUGCAAACAUGCAUUUGUGAAUGUCAGUCUCUCAGAUCUUGGAAUUGGGCUCAUCCUUCUAGCCCUCUCCUUGUUGGUCCUGUGCACCUGUUUGAUCUUGAUCGUCAAGGUCCUGAACUCUGUGCUCAAGGGACAAGUUGCUGCAGUGAUUAAGAAGACCCUCAAUACAGAUUUCCCCUUCCCUUUUGCCUGGCUGACAGGCUACCUUGCCAUUCUUGUUGGAGCUGGGAUGACCUUUAUUGUGCAGAGUAGCUCUGUGUUCACCUCUGCAAUCACUCCUCUGGUUGGCAUUGGUGUGAUCAGCAUUGAGAGAGCUUACCCUUUAACCUUGGGCUCCAACAUUGGUACCACCACCACUGCCAUCCUGGCUGCAUUAGCUAGCUCUGGAAAUACUUUACAAAAUUCACUCCAGAUUGCCCUGUGCCAUUUCUUCUUCAACAUCUCUGGGAUCCUUCUGUGGUACCCAAUCCCAUUCACACGCCUGCCUAUACGCCUAGCCAAGGGCCUGGGAAAUAUCACAGCCACCUACCGUUGGUUUGCCAUCUUCUACCUGAUCUUCUGCUUUUUCUUGGUUCCAUUGACCGUGUUUGGCCUCUCCCUGGCAGGUUGGCAGGUGUUGGUAGGCGUAGGGGCACCCAUCCUAUUCUUGUUGUUUGUGGUACUGGUAAUACGGGUCCUGCAAUCCCGCUGCCCUCAAAUUCUUCCUAAAAAGCUUCAGAAUUGGGCCUUCUUGCCCCUCUGGAUGCGCUCUCUUAGGCCCUGGGAUGGGCUGGUGUCUAUCAUCACCGGCAACUGCUGCCAGCUACCAUGUUGCUGGUGUUGCCGUGUCUGCUGCCGGGUGUGUUGCCUGCUAUGUGGAUGCCCUCGGUGUUGCCGCUGUAGUAAGUGCUGUGAUCUGCUGGAAGAUGAUGAAAAUGUCAAGGAAAUCACCAUCUCAGGUUCUGAGGUGUAUGAGAAUACCGCAGCCAUCACUAAGGAGACUCAGCCCGGGUCCAAGACACAGGAAGAAGGUCAAGACAUAAAGACCUUCUCUAGCAGUACGGCUUUAUAAUAGAACAGCAAUUGGAGAGGAGGAGAAAUGAUGGACUAUUUCUUGUUCUGCCUGCCCUUCCUCCCUUGAAGCAGGGCACAGUGGGGCAGAUGGUUAACUAUCCAUUGGACCCCUCCACCUGAACCCAAAGCAAUGUCAGGUAGGGCUGCCUCAGCAUUGGCAGAAACAGUGACCAAAGCACCAUCCUUACCAGAGCCCCAAUUCUCUCUCACACGAUUUCUGGUUCACUCAAAGGCCUGGGACAAAAAUUGACUAGGCCAGUUGUUCACACUCUCUCCAGAAACACAAGUGCUACUGACCAAUAGGACUUGUUUUAAAACCCUAAACUAUUUUCAGAAGGAAAAAUCCUGCUGCUCAAAUACAUAAUUAUACUUCCAUUUUGUUUUUAAAUAAGGGUCAGUUUGUUUUCUGAGGCUCAUGGCUCUUCCCAGAAAUGACCUGACUGUAAAUAGGAAAUCAAUACUUCCCUGCCCCCACAAAGCUGGCAGGCAGGGCAGGCCUGGGUAGAGAAGAUGCCAGCUAGUGAUCUAUACCACCCAGCCAGUCUUAGGAAGCCACAUGUCCAUCCAUUCCCUGCCACAUGGAGAACUGCAGGAAGGAAAAGGUUGAGGACUGAGCUUUUUGUACAGCAAGCUGUGUGGACCCCCUUCCCAUGCCUGGGUCAGCAGUAUGUGCUGUGGUGGCUUCUCUGGGAGGUAGCGUUGGGCUGCCUCUACAGGCUGAUGCCCAUGGUGCCCAAUACCAAAGAUAAAUUCCAGUGAGGUAGCUCACUGCAGAGGCCCAUGCCCCAUCUUUCCUGAUCUUUCCCCCGCUUACAGUCUAUACAGUUUCUCCUGGGCAGUCUAUAACCAGGUGAUUUCUAGAACAUUCAAAAGGUAUUUCUGAAGGACAGUAAUUUCAGAAGGAAAAAAAAAAAAGGUUACAGAUGUGUUUGUGGAUCUCUUAGCACUGCAGGUAUAUCAAGGUGGUAGUGUUCCCAGGGCAGUUAACACUUCAGUUGCUUGUUGGUCAGCAGCUUAGACCUCUGCCAUGGGUCAUUUCCCAGAAGGUGAUCCAGAAGUCUGGAUUGGCCAGUCAGCCUUGGUCCCAAGCCUCUUUGGAUGUAUGUGCAUGUGGAUGUGGCUGGGGUGAGGGAGCCUAUGCAUUCUAACAGCUCAGGUGUCCUCUCUCUGCCUUUGAUGGGCCCUUCUUCUAAGAGAGAGCAAUCUUCACUUGCCUUUCUACCAACCACAUGCAUCUAAUACACCCUCUCCAAUACUCCCACCUCAUCCCACUUAACUAGGCUCUACCAACAAUUUUCUAGCUCCAAAGAGUAUGUAAGAUAGGGGAAUAUAAUUUGAGGAAGAAAAACAACCAGCCCAUUCCCCCAAUCCCACGUCACCACAUUUGGGGUCGUAUGAAGCCUUGCCCUGAUCUUCCACCAUGUACAUAACUCUUCCUAGAAAGAUACCAGCAUAAUCCACAUGUAUAGUCACUGAAUUGUACAGCUUUUUCAUGUUAUGUAGAAAAUAACCUAUAUGAUUCUGGUUUUAUAUUUUUCACCCUUUAAAAUAAUAAAAUGUUUAUCUAUGAAGUAUAUGCAUAUAUGCACACAUAUAAAAAGCCAACAUAAGCAAAAACAUUUGUAUAUUUUGUAAUAUCUUUUAAACUUGUCCACACCACACUGUAAAUACGUACAUUAAGCACCUCAGUAGUCCCAUUUCCACUUUGUAUGCUUUUCUCUAGUUGGAUUAUUCAUGUGAUCUGUUUAUAUGGUGUGAUUUUCAUAUUUUUAGAAAGAAAAAAACAAUAAAAGAUAC